CUCUCCCAUAUCCGGCUCUCAAAUAAUUUUAUCACCUGACUCGUAAAUAUUUUUGGCCAAGCCCGGUCGAGGAAUGUUUAUAUUGUAUUUCCAAUUCCUGCUUUAUUUUCGAAUUCCGUUCGAUAAAGGAUUACUAUUACAAAAAUGGAUCCUCAUUAUUUAAAAAAAAGAAGAAGAAAAUUCGACUAAAAAUAUUUAAAGUACAUUUUAAUAAAUUUCUAAUGGAAAAUAAUUAUUAAUCAUUCUAAGCAUCCACCAAAGAAUAAUGAUAAAAAAUUGAACGAAAUUUAAUCAAUAAAUCAAAUCUGUUCGAGGAUGAGUCCUCUUUCAGAAUCAUUGGCCAAUAUCUUGAAUGAUCACAUAGACAACAUCAAUUCCACCUUGAUUCCCGAUAAAUAUCCCUUAAACCGCUCACUUUUUAACGGCACAAGGAAAAAAGUUUUAAAUAAUAUAGCUUAUAACCUCAGUUCGGACUACGACGAUUCUUAUGACCCUUACUCCGAAUCCGAGGAAUACAGUGAAACCCGAAACUUUGAACGUAUUUUAUCCAUAGUCGUCCCUUUGAUAUUCGGGUUGAUAGUGGUCAUCGGACUGGUAGGAAAUUCGCUCGUCGUUUGCGUCGUGCUGCGCAAUCGCCAUUUUAGGAGCGCCACCAAUUUGCUCAUAGGAAGUUUGGCCGUAGCUGAUCUCUCUUUCGUGCUGAUCUGUGUGCCAUUCACGGGAACCCAAUACGCACUGGCUCAAUGGCCCUUCUCGGAUUUGUGGUGCCGAUGCGUGCAGUACAUGAUCAACGUGUGUGCCUAUGCCAGCGUGUACACGCUCGUUUCCAUGUCGGUCGUGAGAUACAUAGUCGUGGUAUAUCCCAUGAAGAGCAUGUACCUUUGUACAACACGGCGUACCAUCAAGGUAAUCUUGGCCGUUUGGGUCAAUUCUUUCUUGCUCAAUGUUCCGGUAUUCUUCAUUUUCCACAAAUACAAUUAUGAAUUCGGAGGCCAAAAUCGUUCGGCUUGCAUAAUGAUGAAUACCCAGGCUUCCCGAACACCGCCCCAGAUAUUCUACAGCGUAUUUUUUGUGGGCACAUUUGUUGCUCCUAUUAGCGCUAUUUGCGUGUUAUACAUAAUUCUUUUGAGGGCUCUUUGGGGCAAAAAUAAUCAGGCCCAGAGGCCACUUCCCAAUAUACCUCAUAGCGUGAUUAAUUGUCAUAUGAUAAAAUCUAGACGAGCUAAACUAAGUCCUAAGGAAAAUGCCCUUGCAACGCUAGACAAAUCUUACCACAAUGACUCAUGCUACCAAUCCUUUAGCAACGAAGUGAUUGAAUAUAAAAAGACGUCCAACACAGCAAACGCGUUCCCGCUAGCCGUGUUAACCAAAACAGGGAACAGCGCCCACCUUAAAAAUAAACGCAAGGUUACUAAGUUAACAGUUAUCGUCGUCGUCGUAUUCGCGCUUUGUUGGUUGCCCAUCCACAUUAUGCUUCUAAUUCAGUACUAUUCGAAUCACGAAUUUGGACCAGCGUUUCAGCCCAUCUUAGUCGCUGCUAACUGCUUGGCCUAUAUGAACUCAUGCAUGAAUCCCAUUCUUUACUCGUUUCUUUCCAGAAGUUUUUACACAGCGUUCUUGGAAUUGUUGUGCCCCGGACUCGUAAAAAGGAGGAACAGAGAAAAAUUGUUAAAGAAAAAAAUCAGAAAAAAGUGUAAUGGCAUUCAAAAAAAAAGUUACGCGUAUUCUAAACCUAUUAAAUUGUUGAAUCCUGCGCCCAGCGAUUCCUUGCCAUCGGACAACUAUGUUAAUAACAGUUCCUCCGAAAUUAAAUUUCAAAUCCCGAAAAUCCAUGUCAUUCAAAAUUCGGUAAAACGUGAUGAAAAUCUCUGUAUACCUACCGUAUCCAAAAAUCAAGUACCACCCGUAAAAACUAUGGUUCCAACAUCGGCACCCAUCAUAUCUGGCUCACCCAGCUGCCUGACUAUUUCAUCCAAUUCUUAUUAUUCGGCAAAAUCGAAUAGCAAUAAAAAUACGGCUUCCAUUAAAGAUGAUUCCCAUUAUUCAUUAUGCAAUAACCAUUUCAAUACAUUCGCCUAUGAUGGCAAAAAAUUUAAUUCGAUCCCAAAUUUCAAGACCAAUACAGUCAAUUCGAUAUGUCACUCUGCGUCAGAUAAUAUUCCUAACAUUAAAGAACUUAUCGAAACAACUAUUUGA